AGAGCGUCGCGCAGGCGCCGUGUUGCCGGAAGUGCUGUGUGCGCCGUGUUUUUUCAGUCCUCCCCUUGUCUUUUCUUGUCAAGCGGUUGGAAGAUGAGAGGGAGAUUGCUCGGGGGAGCUGAUAGGAUGCUGGAGCGCCGUCUGAGAAGCCCCAGACAUUGAAUCCAAUGAUGAUUUUCAGAUCACGUUCUGUGGGUGAAGAGUUUGUUGGAGAUGGAGGGUGUGAUCCCAAACCUGAGGGAGCUGCACAAGAAGCUGCUGGAAGCUUCCCCCCUACAUGAAGAUCUACAUACAUGUGCAGCACUGUUGGCACCAUGCCUCCCGGGUGAACCAGCCAAAGACUCAGGGUCUGAACUUGCUGUGUGUGGGGAAAAUGUACCCGUCCCUUGGGUCCCCCGGGAUGUGACCUUACUGAAGCUUUCACUUAUCCAGAUUUUAAUCAUCAAGGCAGACAAUCUGUGCACUAAACGUCACAUCAGAUGUCAGUAUUCCCAUUUACUGGAGCUACUGCAACAAGCUGGAAUAGAGGCCACAAUAGUGAGACUAUCAAAUACUUCUGAUAAGGUGCUGUCACAUAUCGCCUCCAAGUGCCUCUCCUAUUUGGUGCUAUAUCAACUAAAAUACCAGCACGAGGUAAAUGCCCACUGGCUGCAGUUCUGUCUGUUUAGUCUUUGCCAGGAUCCUGGAUCACGAACCUUGAUCCCAUGCCUGACAUCCCUGGUAUAUGUUUGUAAAGGAUUUCUGACAGAUGAAAAGCUACAGAAGGCAGACCUUCUACUGAUGAUCUUGGUUCCUCUUGAAAAUGUCUUUGAACGACACUUUUCUACCGUCAUCACUUACCUGUCGAACCCCUCGUGCCAGCCACUUGCACUAGUUGAGGAGCCCAGUGGCCACCUCUCCUGUCUGCUGGAUCUUAUAGAAACCUUGGUUGCCUUAAGAACACAACUGAAAUUAAAUGUCUCCCUUUGCAAACAAGUUCUAUCGGCCAUCCUGCCUCAGACUUUGAACCUCAUCUCCUCUCCUGUUCCGUACUUUGUGAAGAAACAGGUUAUCUUGGUGCUGAAAAGAUGUCUGCUGUGUAAAGCUGGGGAGGAUUUCCUGCCUUCCCCCCGCAUUCUGUCUCACCAGCAAGAUGCAAUGUUGGACAAGGACAUGGCUGCCCUGGCUGGGACACUGCUGGGCGCUGUGCAGGAGGGUUGGCUCCUGCAGGUCCCUGUUAGUGACAGAUCAAGCAGCUUUGGAGGUGUUAAUGAUGGAUCAGAGCUUGGUCCUGACCUAGUCAUCCUGGGAGCCACCUGUCUGUCUGUUCUCAAAGCCCUGGAAAUCCAGGUCCACAAUGGAGAAUCAGGGCAGACCGAGGUUCUGGCUCCGGACAUUCUGAUGGCUCACCUCCUGAAAUUCCUAAAGCGCCAUAUUGAGUGGAAGGAGCCGGUGCACCCUUGUGAGUGGGUGUCUCUCGCCUUCAUAGAGCAGGAUGACGACAUGUUGGAGGUUGCCAAGUGUUUACUUAAGAUGUACCAGCACAAUCCUAGCCUUUGCUCUCCAUCUACAAGCUGUGAGUCGGAGAAUUCGAUAUGGAGCGGAUCGUCGCAUCGCUCCGGCAGCGACCCUCACUGCGUUUUCCUCUUCCUGCUCAGCAAUGUUUCGUUCGAUUCAUCGGUGCUGCUGGAUUUCCUGAUCUCCUCGGAGACCUGCUUCCUGGAAUACUUGGUCAGGUACCUGAAGCUGCUGAAAUGCGACUGGCCUCGGUUCCGUCUCACAUGUUCUUUAUUCGAUAAGUCUAGAAAUUUCCAUCCGUCCGGCGUCUCUUUCCAUCCGCCGCAAGAGCAAUCGGUGAAAGCAACACCAAUUCAGAGCGACUGCAUUUGUUUUCCUAAUCUGCUUUUACCCACUCCUAUGGAGAUUAGCAGGCCUGCCUCUUCACCGGUCGGUCAUACCAAGCAUUCGACACCUCCCUCGCCAUCUGGCUGUGUAAACUCCUCAAUGGGUGCCCUUCAACGCCUUGUAGACUAUGACAGCUCAGAAGAUUCCGAAUCGGAAUCUGCGGACAGCGAGCAGGGUCCUGUCAUUGCACACUCUGCAGGGGAUGACGGCACAGAUAUAGAUAAACACAUGAAAAGGUUGGAGCUGAAAGCCCAUUCUCCAACAUCCCCUCCUUCACAACCAAGUGCACAAGCCGGAGGAAACACGUGUCAUGUCCAGGGUACCCAGCAGAGGGCAGUGCAGUGCUUGGAAGACCUUCAAGAAGCUGUUAAUAGGCUGCACAGGAAGAAGCUCUUUCCAUAUAAUCCUUCUGCAUUGCUAAGGCUGCUUUCCCACGUCAGUGGUCUAAGCACAGAAUACGGGGGUACGCACGUUCUGCCGGAACAGCCCCCCAACAAAAUAUAAAAACUCUAUCACUGAUGACUUCUGUGAAACUGUUAUAGAUGUCAUCAGAUAUGAAUAUUAUGGUGCUAUAACCUAGUAAGUGCCCGAAAAAGCAAGUGAGAUAAAAAAAAAGGCCAUGUACACAGCUGUGGCUAUAUCAGAUCUCACCUCUGCAAUUGCCGGCUCUUUUAUUCUAUGAAAGUUAAUAGUUUGUUGUGUAAUAAAGUCUAACUCCGGGACUUGGUGAAGUAUAAAA